AUGGUUGCCGUUGAAAGCAAAUAUGAAGCGCACGACAUGGAAUUCCGCCGCUUAGGUCCUGCGGGGUUAAAGGUGUCCGUGUUCUCUCUAGGAGGCUGGUUGACAUAUGGUGGUACGCAGAAGGGUAACAUCGUCAAGGACUGCAUGCAAGCCGCCUGGGACAAUGGCAUCAAUUUCUUCGACACAGCAGAGGUCUACAGCAAAGGCGAGUGUGAGGUUGAGAUGGGACAAGCUUUGAAGGAGCUCGCUUGGCCACGGGAUGAGUAUGUUUUGAGUACCAAGGUCUUCUUUGGCACUGGACGACAAGAGCCGAACACGAGGGGUCUUUCGAAGAAGCACAUCGUUGAGGGGUUGAAGAGUUCGCUCGCACGUCUUCAACAGCCAUACGUGGACGUCUACUUUGCCCAUCGCUUCGAUCCCAAUGUCCCCAUGAAGGAAAUUGUCGAAGCUUUCACACAGGCCAUCCAAUUGAACCUAACAUACUAUUGGGGCACAUCCGAAUGGUCGGCGCAGCAGAUCCAAGAGGCCAUUGACGUUGCUGAGAAAUACAACCUCAUUGCACCCAUUGUGGAACAACCACAAUAUAACGCCUUCCACAGAGAAAGGUUCGAACAGGAAUAUGCACCCCUGUACAAGAAGUACCAAUAUGGUACCACCAUCUGGAGCCCUCUUGCUUCCGGCCUGCUGACGGGCAAGUACGACAAGGGUAUUCCCGAAGGCUCUCGAUUUGCCACGAACAAGGAGUUUUUCGGUGACUCGCUGAAGAUGCUUGAGUCAGACGAAGGAAAGGCAAAGCUCGAGAAGGUGAGGAAAUUGGGCAAGAUCGCUGAGAGGCUGGGGGGAACCACUGCUCAGCUUUCCCUUGCCUGGGCAGCGAAAAAUGAGAAUGUCAGCACUAUCAUACUCGGUGCAACGAAGCCUCAACAAGUACACGACAACUGCAAAGCGCUGAAGCUGCUCCCGAAGUUGACUGCAGAGGUCAUGGAAGAAAUCGAAGGUAUCCUCCAAAACAAGCCAAAAGCGCAGUUGUGA